AUGAGUUUGGGUAGAGCAACUAAUAGAGAGAACCUGCCUUGGGUAGAAAAAUAUAGACCAACUUCAUUAGAUGAAGUUUAUGGUCAAAAUGAAAUUGUGAAUACAGUUCGUAAGUUUGUUGAAGAAGGUAAAUUGCCUCAUUUACUGUUCUAUGGGCCACCUGGUACUGGUAAGACAUCUACAAUUAUUGCAUUGGCUAAAGAAAUCUAUGGUAAAAACUACCAUAAUAUGGUAUUAGAAUUAAAUGCUAGUGAUGAUAGAGGUAUUGAUGUAGUGAGAAAUCAAGUUAAAGAUUUUGCAUCUACAAGACAGAUAUUUAGCAAAGGUUUUAAGUUGAUUAUAUUAGAUGAAGCUGAUGCUAUGACUAAUGCUGCUCAAAAUUCUUUGAGAAGAAUAAUUGAAAAGUAUACUAAGAAUACAAGGUUCUGUAUUUUGGCUAAUUAUGCUUAUAAAUUAACACCGGCUUUGUUGAGUAGAUGUACAAGAUUUAGGUUCCAACCUAUUGGCCCUGCUGCUAUCGAGCAACGUAUGAACAAUGUAAUUAUUAAGGAAAACAUCAAGAUCGAUGAUGCCGCAAAGAAGGCACUGCUAAAGGUUUCUAAAGGUGACAUGAGAAGGGUUCUAAACGUACUUCAAGCUAGUAAAGCAGCAGUGGAAGAAAAUGAAGAGAUUACGGAGGAAUUGAUCUAUGAUUGUUGUGGUAUGUGUAGACCAGGAGAUGUGAAAAAGAUAUUGAAAAGUAUCCUAGAGGAAGAUUUCACAUCUGCAUACUACACGAUGAACAAAAUAUGUCAAGAGAAAGGUGUUGCCUCAGUUGAUAUUAUUGAAGAAAUAGUAUUAUUAUUAGAAGAGUACGAGUUACAAAAUGAAGAAACUAGAAUAGAAAUGUUGACUAAACUAAGUGAUAUAGAAUAUGCCAUUUCUAAAGGUGGCAACACAAAAGUAGUUCAUAGUGCUAUUAUAAGUGCUAUCAAAACCAGUUUUGAAAAUGAAUCAACUGUUGCCGCAUAG